AUGGACUCUGACAGUAUAAACCCGAAGCCUAUCUCCCCCGUGGACGAAGAUUAUCGACCUCCUCUACCACCUCGACCAUCUACGAAUGCUACUGAUCCAGGAUCUUUACAAGGCCAGGCGACGACAGCAAUAACUCCUGUUGAAAUACAAACAUUGUCCUUUCCCGAUGGAUCACGAGGGACAUUUUCGACUCCCGGCCCCGACUCUAUCCCGAGCCCCGCUGAGAGUGGUGGUGCUUCUCCCAAUCGACAUGAUAGCAGUACUAGCGCCGAGGUGGACGAAACAGCCAGCCUUAUGAGUUUUGCACCAACGAUGCGACCUGCUGGAGAUAUUGCAAGUUUGCUUGCUGGCGAGUUGCAUAAGAAAAGCCCUGCUUGGAAGAUGCUGCGCACCCAGUCGGCAUCAGUCCUUCCCUUCGAGAAAGGCAGAAUAGGCGCAGACGACCGGUUUGUUGAAUUUCAUCGCGAAUUUGACCCUCUCCCAGAGGAAUACGACGAAGAUGCCGAGGAAGACGUUUUGCGCCUCUGGAAGUCAAAGCUAAAACACUACUUAAUCCUAUCAUCGGCCGGAAAGCCCAUCUGGAGCCGAUAUGGAGAUCUGAGUCUUAUCAACUCCUCCAUGGGCGUUGUCCAAACCAUCAUAUCAUUCUAUGAAGGCGCUAAAAACCCUCUCCAAGGCUUUUCUGCGGGAGACACCCGCUUUGUUAUCUUAACUAAAGGCCCGCUCUACUUUGUUGCGAUCAGCAAGCUGGGUGAAAGCGAUUCGCAGAUACAAGCACAGCUGGAUGCGCUAUAUAUGCAAAUACUGUCAACGUUGACGCUGCCCAGACUAACUCACAUAUUUGCCAACAGGCCCUCGACAGAUUUGAGGAAACCCCUUGAAGGAACCGAGGGUCUGCUAUCAUCCCUGGCCGACACGUUUACAAAAGGCUCAUCUUCGGCGCUGCUUGGUUCCCUGGAGUGUCUUCGACUUCGAAAGUCCCAACGACAUGCUAUAAAUAACACUUUCCUAAAAUUACGAGCUGAAAAGUUGUUAUACGGUCUCAUUGUGGCUGGGGGGAAGCUUGUCAGCGUCAUUCGGCCUCGUCGUCAUUCACUUCACCCCAGCGAUCUGCAACUCAUUUUCAACAUGCUCUUCGAAAGUGACGGCAUCAAAGGGGGUGGCGGCGAGAACUGGAUUCCUAUUUGUCUUCCCGCUUUCAACAACAAAGGUUAUCUCUACAUGUACGUCAGUUUCUUCGACGGUACUUCUGGUGAGCAAGCCAGCUCUCCUGCUGCAGCUCAGGGACGCUCGUCGGACGAGGAAAUCGCGAUGAUUCUCGUAAGCCCUGAUCGUGAGAGCUUCUUCGAGCUAAAGCAAAUGCGCGACAACGUUGCUCAGCAGCUUGCUAAGAACGGAACACUGGCUAUCAUUCAGAACGCCACUCGCGCCGGCCGGCCCAAGAUUCAUGAGAUUGCCCCUGGCAGCCAGGUUAGCCAUUUCCUUUACAAAUCUCGGGCCAACGUGCAGUUCUGUAUGGCAUCAUUGGAACCACACUUCACCGGCCUUGUUUCCCGCAGGAGAUUAAUGACGACCUACCAUGAGCUACAUGCAUCAAUCCACGCCAAACACUCGCAUCUUAAGGUUUUGCAUGCAGUUGGGGAUGAUGCGACUUCGCUAGCAUGGACUACGCCUGUUUUCGAGUUUUAUUGUGUAGCAGGUCCCAACGUGUCAAGAGCAACCAUAACACAGGGAGCAAACAAGAUCAUUCAGUGGGCAAAGAGGGAAGAAGAACGCCUUUUUAUUAUUGGAGGCGGUGUGUUCUGA